ACAUGCUGCUGCUGCUCCUGCUGGUGGUUGGCAGCUGCGCCACCGCCGCGUCUGCGCAGAACGACAGCUUCCCCGAUGACUUCCUGUUCGCCGUCUCCACCGCCGCCUAUCAGAUAGAGGGCGCCUGGGACGCCGACGGCAAGGGGGAAAACAUCUGGGACAGGAUGACUCACGAGCACCCAGACUACGUGGAUGACGGAUCUAACGGCGAUGUGGCCUGCGAUUCUUAUCACAAGUACGAAGAGGACGUGGAGAUGAUCAAGUCCCUAGGGGUUGACAUUUACCGUUUCUCCAUUUCCUGGGCACGGGUACUCCCCUUGGGUGACGUCAGUCAAGUCAACCCAUUGGGCGUGGAGUACUACAACAAACUAAUCGACCUGCUGAUUGCCAAUGGAAUUGAACCUAUGGUGACCAUGUACCACUACGACCUGCCGCAGUACCUGCAGGACAUCGGCGGCUGGCCUAACCCAGUUCUGGCGGACUAUUUUCGGGAGUACGCUCGCUUCCUCUUUGAUACGUAUGGAGACAGGGUAAAGUGGUGGCUGACGUUCAACGAGCCGACCUCGAUCUGCAUGGGCUACGGCCAGUACCGCAUGAAGGCGCCGGCGGUGAACGCACACGGCUUUGGGGACUACCAGGCGGCGCACACCAUGCUCCGAGCCCACGCCAUGGCGUACCGCGUCUACGACCAGCAGUACCGGCCUACCCAGGGAGGGCAACUCAGUAUUACGCUCAACUCAAACUUCUACCACCCGGCCACCAAUUCAUCAGAAGACAUCGAGGCUGCUGAAAGGGCCUUGCAGUUUAAUCUCGGCUGGUUUGCUCAUCCAAUUUACACCUCAGACGGCGACUACCCAGCGGUCAUGAAGGAGCGGAUCUACAAUAACAGCAUCAAGGACGGCAUCUGGAUCUCUCGGCUACCUCAGUUCACGGCGCAAGAGAUCGCUGACCUCAAGGGCUCGGCGGACUACUUCUCGCUGAACCACUACACGACAAGCCUGGCAGAGGACGGCGAGCAAGCUGACCAGUACCCUUCGCACGAGUGGGACACGGGCGUCGUCACCUCGUUUGACCCGAGCUGGCCCAACUCCUCCUACAACAUCAUGAAGGUUGUGCCCUGGGGCUUUCGCGGCCUUCUGAAGUGGGUCGCCAACGAGUACGAUACUAAGAUGGGAAUAUUCAUUACCGAGAACGGAUUUGCAGACACAGGAGAAAUCAACGAUACCGGUCGUCAAAAUUAUUACACGUCGUACUUGAGGGAGAUGCUAAACGCCAUGUACCUCGAUGGUGUCAACGUCAUUGGUUACACAGCGUGGAGUCUUCUAGACAACUACGAAUGGAUGAGAGGAUACACGUUGAAAUUUGGCCUGUAUCACGUGGAUUUCAACGACCCCAACAGGACCCGGACGCCGAAGGCCUCUGCCGCCAUGUUCAGGGAGAUAGUUGCAACGCACACACUUCCUGACAGCGGAGCUGCGAUGACUUCGAGUCAUUUUGUGUAGGAAAUGUAGGAACCAGUAGCCUGCCGAUAUUCUUACUAAACUAUAUGAUCAGUUUCGAGCGACACUUUCAUUUCGAAGAAAUCAGCGCAUUUACUGCGAGUCAUUCAACUCGAUCGGGACAAGAUUGAGAACUAAAACGUCAUUAACUCGGAGGUAUACAAAUUUGGAAGUCGACACUGACAACAUGGUGAACUAAUAGAGGAAAUAUGGGAAUAUCACUUAGAUUGGUAUGACUUUGUUAUGUACGAAUUCGUUUUCAGAAAUUCACCGACUGCUUUUCCUUGUGACAUGAGGAACAAGACAGUUUUACAGUGGUCUAUUAUGUGGAUGACCGAUACAUUAAUACAAUUAGUACUGGAUUGUGCUUCUAGUUAGUACUGUAAAACGAGUAAUACAUUUGAAACGCACGUAUACAGUAAAUGUAAUACUGAAUACACACAGUAAUUUGAAUGUCACUUUUAGACUAAGAGAUCAUCGAAGAGCUCCUAAGUCGGAGUAACGAAAUGUAAUAAUGAAGAUUGUGUGUGUUAGAAACUGAUCAUUACUAGAAUAUAAUCAGGCCAUUGGUGACAGAACGACAUUAGUAGUAAAUGAAUGGCAUCCACA